CGGAAAGAUAAAACAAAUGUUUUUAGAUGAUUUAGCAUGAUGCAGUAAUCAAUAUUGCGAUGUUCUCUAUAAAGUUUAAAUUAACAGUUCUUACUGGAUGUCUUGUGUUUUCAACAAUUCUUGCUACAGAAGACUUUCCCAAAAGGAAUGGAGAAAACCCCGAUAUAGAAGCUGAUGAAAAAAUACAAGACAAAGAUCAACAAGAAAGGAGAGUAGUUGACGAUACAAAUGGAGAAGAAAUUCACAAUAUACAAUCAAACAAAAAGGAAGAGGAAAGAGAGGGACAUACAGAAAAAGAGGUCCAAGAUGAAAAGUUUUCAAGUGAGGAUAACCCUGACAUGAAGAAAAUUCCAGAUGAAGGACAAAAGAGUCAUGUGUCACAGGGAGGUGAAUCUAGCAAAGAAUCAGAUGAGGAUGUGGAAGAAUCUGUCAGUAGCCCCAGCACUGGGGAGGAAUCUAGUCAAAGCUUCUUUUCAUUUAAAAACUUUGUGAAAAGUUUAGUGAGUCCAGUGCUGGAAGAGCUAGAAAAGGCUGAUGGUGGCUCUAAAUCUGACAGUAAAGUAGUAGGUGAAGUGAAUCUCACCGAGUCUGUGUCAAACAAUGCCACAAAUGUGUCUGUUCCACUGACUGCAGAGGUCAAAAAUAAGACUGAUAAAAAAAGCAAGUUUACCUGCAUUGGCAGAAACUAUACAACAGAAAAUGCAUCAGUGACAAUUGUUAAUAAUACUCAGUUAUUGUCCAUUUUGAGCUUUGAUAAAAAUGAAACAGAGGGAGACUGUGUCCUAGUAUUAUUUUUUGUGCCAUACUGUAGAUUUUGUUCAGACAUGGCUCCAAGUUUUAAUGCUUUGGCAAGAGUGUAUCCUCAACUUAACAUCAUUGCCGUAGAUGCAGCCCAGUUUAGCAAUUUAAAUGCAAAGUUUGGAACUGUCUCUGUACCAAACAUUCUUUUGUUUCACCAGUCCAGAGCAAUGAUGAGAUUCAACAGCACUGAAAAAUCAUUUGCAAACCUUGUAUCUUUUGUGAAAAAUGCAACAGGUUUUGAACCUAAUACCACUGUUACAGUUCUGCCGCAGGAUUUUGCGGGGCCUUUACAGAGUGUUGCCACAGAGACUACAGAUUAUAUGCUAAUAGUGUCAUGGAUGUUUGUAGUGUCUUGUAGUGCUUUUAUGUUUGUGCAAUCAAAUCUAGGACAACAAUGGAUAAACAAAGUCAAAAUACUGUGGCAAGAGCAUCAGCAUAUUGACUAGUUUAAAAUUAUUAACUUCAUAUGUUUGCAUUCCCAAUCCAUAUUUAAAUUCUUUAAUACAUUUGUUCUAUUUCUAGACAUACAUAAUUUAAAAUUACAAGUAUGCUAUUAUAAACAUCAAUGUAUACUAAAGGUGCAGAAGCUUAAUUCUUGAGCAAAUAUUUUUUGUCCAUGUUUGUGGUAGAAAUAAAUACUUUGAAAUAA